AUGUCUCUGAGCACACCUAAAUUGAUGACGAGCAUUGUCUAUGCUGCAAGCUCGAAGAGGAUCUGGGAAGAUUUCAAGGAACGAUUUGACAAGUCGAAUUUAACCAGGAUUUUCUAUUUGUGGAAAGAAAUCGGCAUGUUAACUCAAGGAUUAAACGAGAGCUUUGCUCAAGUGCGAAGCAACAUAUUGCUUAGUUCAUCUGUUCCAAGUGUGAAUCAAGCGUAUGCUACAACAAUACAAGAGGAAAGCCAAAGGAAACUAGGAGUGACUGAAGGAGGACAGGAAUCGAUGACUAUGCUUGCUGGAAGGAAUUCUCAAUUUCCUCCAAAUCAACGCUUCUCAGGUGCAACUGGACAACAAAACCACAUGCCUCCAAAUGAACUCAAUCUCCAAAAUCAAUCAAGUUUUCAAACGAGAAGAGCAGGAAUGGUUUGUGAGCACUGUGGAUACAAAGGACAUAUGAAGGAUACUUGCUAUAGAAUUAUUGGAUUUCCUGCAGACUUCAAAAGCAAGAGGAAGGCACAUCAUGAAGGAUCUACACCUUAUGCCAACAAUUCCACAAUGGAGACAGGUAACAACUCAGGAUCAUCAACAUCACAUGGAGCAUUCUUCACCAGAGGACAGUGUGAUCAAUUAUUGAGCAUGUUGCCACCAGCACCAACAGGAAGCUGCAGAACUGAUGCGGCAGGGAGCAGAACUCAAGUAAAACACACAAGAGAUGCUAUAAUUUUAGGAGGUUUCUGUUUGAAGAAUGACCUUUCAAAUGGGAAGGUGAUUGGGAUUGGUAGAGAGACAGAAGGACUCUAUAUACUAAAGAAGCACACUGAACCUGUCAUUGGAGCAGUAGUGGGAGACAACGUUGAUCACACACUAUGGCACUAG